AUGGCCUCACCUUCUCAAGCCAGCCUUCUUCUUCAGAAGCAGCUCAAAGAUCUGUGCAAAAACCCUGUGGAUGGUUUUUCUGCUGGUUUGCUAGACGAGAGUAAUCUGUUUGAGUGGAGUGUUACCAUAAUUGGACCUCCCGACACUUUGUAUGAAGGGGGAUUCUUCAAUGCAAUCAUGACAUUUCCCUCAAAUUAUCCAAACAGUCCCCCAACUGUGAGAUUCACUUCAGAGAUUUGGCAUCCUAAUGUUUACUCUGAUGGAAAGGUUUGUAUUUCAAUUCUUCAUCCCCCUGGAGAUGAUCCAAAUGGCUAUGAGCUUGCUAGUGAGCGAUGGUCUCCUGUCCACACGGUGGAGAGCAUUGUUCUAAGCAUCAUAUCAAUGCUGUCAAGCCCUAAUGAUGAGUCUCCUGCUAAUGUUGAAGCUGCUAAGGAGUGGAGAGAACAUAGAGACGACUUCAAGAAGAAAGUUAGUCGUUGUGUGAGAAAAUCGCAGGAAAUGCUGUGA